GUUUUCAAUUACCGAUCGGCAUCUGAAUAAAGCUAUUGAGUUUCCAGGCACCACAUCCUAUAAAAAGUUGUAUGCCGACUAUUUUCGAUACAAAAGCAAACAAAGAAACACAGUGAGUCCUAACAAGGAGCGCGGACUCGUGCAAUAAAUCAGCCUAGGUUUGCUAGAUAAGGAGUUCCAUUAGACAUCUUGAAGCAUCAGACCGGUUCGGGCUAAGGCGAGGGUUUAAAAGCGAGAGUCGGGACUCUUAGGAGCAUUCCUGUGUUGAUCGCACCCUGGCAUAGACUAGAACCAUGUGGCCAGUCUUGGUGUUAGCUUUGGUGGCAGCGGCCUCAGCGCAGAUCCCAUCUCUGGGAUGGUGCCCCGACUAUCAGCCAAUGGCCAACUUCAACAUGAAGAACUUCCUGGGCACGUGGUACGAGUCGGAGCGAUACUUCACGGUGAGCGAGCUGGCCAGCCGCUGCAUCGCCAGCAACUACAUCAGCACACCCGAAGGCAGGAUCCUGGUCUCCAACGAAAUCACCAACUAUUUAACUGGAGUGAAGCGUGUGAUGGAAGGCCACUUGCAGUUGAUCGGCCGGGAGGGCGAGGGCCGUAUGCUUGUGAAGUACUCCUCCCUGCCCAUCCCCUACGACCUGGAGUUCAGCGUGCUGGACACCGACUACGACAACUAUGCUGUCAUGUGGUCUUGCAGCGGACUUGGGCCUGUUCAUACUCAGAGCGCUUGGCUACUGACUCGAGAACGAUUAGCGCCAUCUAACGUGAUGCAAAUGGCGUACGCCGUUCUGGACAAAUACAAGAUCUCCCGUGCCUUCUUCGUGAAGACCAGCCAAGCCGACUGCACCAUACUGCCCGACCCUGCCGCCUUACCUGAAGCCGGCAAGAGUGUCGUGGGAAGUGUUGUCAACCCAGUGGCUGACAGGAUUCUGAGCCAAGCUAACCAAGCUGCAGUUGAGAUGUCAAUCCUCCGGACCAUCGCAGUGUUCCUGUGUGGGUUCCUGUCCUUCAGGCUGUGCCGAGCCCAAAUAGCAUUCCCAGGACCCUGUCCUGAUGUCCAGGCCAUGGUGAACUUCGAGCCCAGUAGGUAUGUAGGGAAGUGGUAUGAGUACUCGAAAUACUUUUUCAUCUUCGAAUUUGGCGGGAAAUGCGUCACUGCAGAAUAUGACGCGAAAGAAAACGGAGUCAUUGGGGUUUCCAAUAAACAGCUGAACAGCAUUACCGGCAUCCAAUCAGAGAUCGACGGUGAAGCCAACCAAGUGAGCCGGUCCGACGAAGGCAAGCUCUCAGUUCGGUUCCCGUCGCUGCCCGUCAAAAUAUCUGCUCCGUAUUGGGUGGUGGAUACGGACUAUGAUAGCUACGCCUUAGUGUGGAGUUGUUAUGACUUUGGACUGUUCCAUACAAGCAAUGCAUGGAUACUGACACGGGAACGAGUCCCACCAUAUGCCGUCGUAGAGACCGCGUAUGCAGCAGCCGACAAAAAUAAUAUAAGCAGGACGUUCUUCUUGAAAACUGAUCAAUCCGACUGCCCGGAGAAACAAGAUUAAUAUUACUAAGAUUCACAUAGUAUAGAUAAAUAAUUUGGAAACAUAAGAAACACACUAAAAAGUGCAAACAUGCCAGACUGAAGUAUCAUUACUGAAUAAAACGACGGAGAAAGUACAACCUCAUGACAUGAAAGAUGAAUUCAAAUUAGAAUUCAGAAAUGAAAAAGAAAGUAAAGCCAUAGGCCAAAACGACUAUUGGGUGUGUCAUUCUAAUUGACUGAUUUAAUCUUUUAAAUUAUAUAAUAAUAUAACAUAUUACAUAAGUGUAUAUUUUCAUACACUUAUUACCCUUUCUAGUAAGAAGAAUUAACUAUGCUCAAUACCUAUCUAAAUAGUACAAUAUAUGUAUGAAAUAAAAAUGUACAUUAAAUAACAAAGAUAUUUAUUAGAACUAACACAGUUAAGACAAAUUACGGAUUUACCAUAAUAACAAUUACAAAGUAGUCAUUACUCUACGUCAAUUAUAAUCUUAAAUAAAUUAAAGCCAUUAUAAA